UGUUUACCUGUGCACAACCAAAGUUUGAUUGAAAAGCGGAAGUAAAUCACUGGUCUAUUAAAUAAGAUGUAGCAGGGAAUCCAUUUUAACGAAAAAUUAAACGUUCGAUUGGUUUUCUUUUAAUCCCUUCAUUUAUUUAUUGUUUUGUAAAAUUAUAUUGAUGCUCAUUUAUAGCUUACUUUUACACAACUGCGAUUAUUUCUUAUACAUAAAAAACAAAACAAAAUGAUUACCUGUUUAAAUCGAAAGCAAAAGUAGGAAAGUCCCGAACGUUUCUGCUUAUUUAAACAGUAGAAAAAGUUCAUUGAAGAGACAUUUGUGUUCCAGUUAAAAUUAUUUCGUUUUGGAUCAGCAAGAGCAAGAUGUGCUCCGUGUUUCGCAAAACCAAGUAUAAGUUUCGAGAGGGUGUGGAUGAUGUAGACGUCUCUGUUACUGAGUUUGCAAGAUCAUUGGACAGUUUACUGGCAGCUGUAGGAAUGUUAAUAUGUUACGAUGGAAGUAGUGAGUCAGCAAAUACUUCGGGAAAAUUCCAGCAACUUCAACGCCAAUGCCGCAGAAGGCAAGAAGAAUUAAUUGCGAUUAGACGGCCUGCUUUUGAAGACAUUCAAAAACUACUUCAUAAAUUACCCGCAAAAAAGAAGAAAGGAAAAUAUAUGUCUAUUGAAGAAAAUGAAAAUAAUCUUAGACUGGACAUAUAUAUGAAAGAACCAAAGCCACAUCUUCAGGCCAUGCAUUCUAUCGAGGAUGGAGACGGGGGAAAUCUGCGAAACAAAAAUAGAGAGCAUGAAUUAAGAGAACAAAAUGACUUCCUCAAUAAUAAGUUAAAGUCACUCAAAACUGAAAUUCAAACUAAAAUCACUGAAAACAAGGACUUGCAAGUAAACCAUGACUAUCUGAAAAAUGAGUGCCAAUCGCUGAAGAACGAGUUACAAAUUGUGCGGGACACACAUGGCAGAGCAGAAAUCAGUGCACAGCAGCAACAAAGCCGUGAAAAUGUAAUUUCAAAAGAAAGAAAUCAAAUCGAAAGUCUUGAAAAGGAUAAUGAAAAGCUAAAAAGAGAAAACGAGGACAUACGAAAGGAAAUGCAUAGAUUAAGUGCUGAAAUUCUUAAGUUAACAGAAGAUGCAGGAAAUGUACAUUUGAAGGAAGAAGAAAUUGAACGACUCGAAGGAGCAAAACAAGAAUUGGAGAAAGAAAUCAAAGAAAUACGACAAGAAAUUAAAAAGAAAAACACUGAAAUAGGAAACCUUAAAGAAGAUUUGGGAAGAAUGGGAAAUGAUAAACAUUUAGAGCAGGAACUUUUAUGUAUGCGAGAAGCUAAUGCAACAUUAAACAAACAAGAAAACGAGUCAGAUGCGAAUAUUCAGCAACUCCGAAAAGAAAUGUUGUCACUGAAAAUUGCCAUUCAAACCAAGACCACGGAAAACAAAGACCUACUUGUAAAAGCUGACUGUCUGGAAAAUGAGGUACACUCAUUGACAAACGAAGUAAAACGCAUCGAACAGAAGGAGGAAAACAGUAAAAAUGAAAUUUCAAAAGACGGUAAACAAAUUGAAAGACCGGAAAAGGAAAUAAAAAAGUUUAAAAAAGACAACGAGGACACACAAAAGGUUAGGAGUCGAAUACAUAAUGAAUGCCUAAGACUAAAAGAAGAUACAGAAACUUAUCAGUCUAAUGCACAUUUUAGGGAAGAAGAAAAUGAACGGCUAUUAAGAAAGAUAAAAGCAUUUGAAAAAGAAAUCGAAGAAAAAAGUAUUGUGGAUGAAAUUAACAAUAAUGAAAUUAGAAAGCUAAAAGAUGAUUUGGAGGACCGCCUUACAACUAUACACGAAGGGAAAGAAGUAUUGAAACAACUUGAAGGGGAAAGAGAUGCGCUUAGAAGAGAUAAUGAAAAAAUACGACAACUGUUAAGUGAACAGAAAAUUGAAUUUGUAAAGCAAAAAGAAGAGUUAGAAAAUCGACUCGCCAAUGUGCAUUUGGAUAAUAAAAAAAUAAUUGAUGAGAUAAUAAAACAUCAUGAAAAGAUGCAAAAUGAUGUAUUAGAGACAAACACUAAACUGAAAAAAAAUAUUCACGAUUUAGAGAAACUUCUUUCAAAGACCAAAGAUGAAAAUAGCGAACUUAAUUUACAAAUUAUAGAACUGGUACAACAGGGAAAGAAAUGUGAAACAGAACAGAUCUCUCAAAAGAAAGCUGACGAAAAUAAAAUUAAGCGAAUUGAAAGUCUCGAGCAACGAUUGCAAGAAGCGAGUCAUGAGAUUAAACUAAUGAACGAGAAAAGUCUUCAAACAAAAGAAUCAAACAGAAUUGAAAUUAAGAAGUUGCUAAAAGAGAUAAAGGACAUACAGAACGACAACAGCUUGCUUGAUAAUGAGCUUAAAGCAACGCUACAGAAGAAUAUAGACCUAAACACAACACUGAAAACGCAAGAGGAAAGCAAUCAUGCCACAAAGAGAGAGCUUACGCAUGAUAUAGAGACGUUACGAGAAAAACAAUCGGAAACAGAGGAAGCCAUGGCAUCACUCAGACUCGAGAAGCGAGAACUUGAACAGAUGUAUGACACAGUAAAGCAAGAGCUUGAUCUAUUGAAAAGCGCAAAAACAAUGCGUAUUCAGCUGUACCAUCAUAGCAGGAGCUCAUUGGUGUCAAAGGUAGAAACAGAGCUUAAAGCUUUACUAAAGAAACUGAUGGACGAUGAAUCGUUUGAAUUAACCUUCGUUGAAUGUGGAGGUGAUGUUGAGGUUGAUCCAAAUGAACCACUUCUUAUUUUAUGUAUCAGUGCUUCUAGACUUGGAACAGAUGCAACGAAUGCUGUACAAUCUUUGAGGCUGACUUCAAAGAUGGCUCUCCUUGUGUUUCAUCACAAGGAUGGACAUGCACUGCCCAAUCAAGACAGUGAACAUGUACUGACAGGACAAGAGUUUAGGCGUUUAGGUGGCAUAUAUGAUCUUGGAUUUCUGUCUAGCAAAGGAAUUUACUCGUGUGAAAUGAAUGACCAAAACAUAAAAAGGAUUGUACACUUUUUAAAUAAAGAAGGUACAAGAUACCUCACAGACGUUUCAAAUCACAGUCAGUCUACAUAGUUUUUAAACUAGUGUCCUUGCCGUCAAGUGCUGAUAUUCUACCUGUAUCUUAAUCAUUUGUCAUUUAAACAGAAAUAUGAAUUAUUCGAUAUAUUUCUCGUAUACGGGGCAUUUAUGAUUCAAUUUGGCAUUGUUAUGUGUCUCACGAUAUAUAUCGUAUACGGAGCAUCUAUCACUUAACUAGGCAUUACUGUGUUAAUGUAUUAUAGUUUUCGCGAAUAUUUCUAGGGUUACAGUAAAUUACUCCUCUUCACGAUAUUUCAUAUACGGAACAUUUAUCACUAAACUAGACCUUGCUGUGUUUAGUAGAAGUUAUUCGUCUUCGCAAUAUUUCAUAUAUGGAACAUUUAUCAAUUAACUAGGCCUUGCUAUGUUUAGUAGAAGUUACUCAUCUUCACGAUAUUUCAUAUACGGAACAUUUAUCACUUAACUAGCAAUUGUUAUGUUUAAAUGAAGUUACUGGUACUCGCUUAAAUGACUUUCAAAUUGUUGCAAUGUAUAAAUGAUCUUAUUUACUUGUACAUUUCUCACUGCAAUUUAAGACAAAGACACAAGAGUGGAAUAAUAAUUGUAUCACCUCUUAAUUAAAGAUAAAAAAUCAUUUUAAUGUAUUGACAUAAAAAUCGGGCAUGGGCGACAUAACUUAAUAUAGUUACGCAAUUCAGUGUUAUCUUGGAAACAACUUUAAAUGAAUGCCGUAUACACUACACUACAAGAACUCCAAACUACAUGGUAAAUGUUUGAAACAGUUAACGUUAGAGUUACUGCUAGUUAAUUGGUAUCUUUGUUAAAAUAGAUAUUGCCAAUACUAGCGUUCUGAAUUCGAUUUUCAAAGACGCGUCGUCAGGCCACUGUAGAAAUAUAAUCGGAACAUGAGCACACUACGGAAAGUUGAAAAACAAACAGCUUGACAGCCUGUAAUUUGUAUCUACGAUAAGUCUCUUAAAAUUCUGAUAUAAGAAUGGUAAAAAAACAUUUAUGUAAAUAUUUGUAAUCUUAUAAUGUUAUAUUUAGUCAUAGAAAAGACCGAAAUAAAAAUUAUAAACAUACAGAGACCACUAUAAAUUAUUCCAUAUUGUCAACAUGCAAAUUGUACGCGAUUGGUAAUAAAAAAUAUUAUAAAGCUUGACUUUAAACACGCAAGUGGACCUCAGCAAAAUUUUCCAUUUAUUUGUGCGAUUAAUUUCUGAAAUGGAAUAAAUCUGACAUGAAAUAUAAAAAUUUUUAGUCGCACGCUAAAUGGUUUCUUUCUAUUUUUCUAUAUUUAAUACCGGUGUAAGUACGUUGUGUCCUAUCUAUUUAAGCUAUCAUGUAGGGAUAAUACAUAUUCUUUUGUUACCCGAGGGAUUCUGAAGAUGAAAUAACACGAAAAGACAUGCGUUAACGCUAUUCUAACAUGAAAUGCGUAAAAGACUAAUAAACGAUCAAAUUAUCCAUCAACGUCAUAAAAUUGCCAUAAAUGCGUUGUUUAGAUUUCACUUUGACGUCAUUUCCUUUCGAAUUAUCCUUGUUGGGGCCGUAAUGCGAUUACGCUUUGUCACGGAACGCGCAUAUACAUAACGGUGUUUUAACAGGACUUGAGCGCGAAAAUCUCUCUGUUAACACACGUUUUCUCUCCUGUUAAAACUGCCCGAAAAGAGACAAGAACAGCAAUUUUAUGUUAGAAUAACAUGACGACGUCGACAGAGUGUGAUAUAUACGUGUGAAAAACAACAUGUUUAUUAUAAGCCAAGAUAUAUAUAACAAGAUAUGGACGAUGAUAUAAUAUAAAGAACGAUUAUAUAAAUUAUUUCUCCCUCUUUAGAUUAUAUACCACGCUAAUGUUCGAUAUAUUUUUACUAGUAGUUGUCUGUAUUGUGCUUUCCUCUGCUAAUAAAUCUAGUUAUUCGAUUUAUACUUUUCAAGUGCCAUGCACAUAGUAUAGUGUUGCCCAUGCUGUGAAUUAUUUCAAAAGAGACCGUUUGACAACUUUGCAGAGUCAGCCUGCAUCUAUUUUUUGUCUUGGUCGGUAGAAAUAAUUUAGGUCAUAUGACUGACUGGCCGUUACAGUCCUUUACAAUAAAAAACUCUGCCAUAAAAUUUUCUCAUUGACAAAUAUCACCUUCUAAAGAAAAUUUACGAACUCACUCACUUAUCUCUGACUCUAAUUUAGCCUAGAGAGAAAAGGGUUUUUAUAGAAAUUAUAUAUCAGUGUCAAUACGAAGAAAGAAAUAAACUUUAUUACAAAAUAUUUGAUCAAGUCUAGUUUUAAGGAUUUGCUUUUGAAGAAAGACAUUUCCAAGGCAAUACUUAUUUAGGCACAGAUAGGUAAUGAAUACUCUCUUACACGAACAUUUUCUAUAUUCUAAAUUGUGUCUUCCUAUCUCUUUUAGUGAAUAAGGAACUGUUACAAUAUUUUGAUCAAGUGCGUAACUUUUUAUGCGAGAAGCUAUUAAAUAGCGUUUCGCAUGCCAUUAACGCCAUAAGACAAAGCUUAAUAUAAUUUUCCUUACUGGCAUCCAAGCCUAUCCGGUGAUGAUUGCCGUUAACAUAUUUUUGUCUCAAAUGCAUUGCAUUAAACACAUUUAAACCUAUAUUAAAAUGAUCUUAUAUGACUACCUGUGUAAGACAGGGUUUCCCUUGUCCACCAUGUGACGUAAUUAUAUCGUUAUAGUUUGAUUAUACUCAGUGGAUGACUUGUAAGAGUAGGUAACUAGAAUCACGGAUUGGGACUAGGUUAACCCAAACCCGAGCGGCAGCUUCGUACGGAAAACCAAGCGCUAGCAAGAGUUUAUCAACGCUGUCCUGAGGGUUGGGAAAACACAUGCCUUACUCAGACAGUCAUGUUAGAUCAUUUUCUUGCUGUAUUGUUGUAAAUAUAAAAUCGCUGAUAUACUAAGACGGCAUUAUAUGACGUCAAUAUGAGCACGUGUAGCUUUUCCUAGAGAAAAGAUAAAUGUGAUCUCCUACCCUGAUAACCUUAUCUUUCCUCGAGAGAAGUGCAAGGGAAAGAGCAUGAUUCUGUGUGUAAUAACCUCGUUACACUUUCGUUAUUUUAAUAUUCUUUCACUGGUUUUAGGUGCAGAUGGGAAUAUCUGGCCCGAGGGUAAUUGUUUAGGCGGCAACGAGGCUUUGCCGAGAGCCGGAUGUUUUUUUCUUCACCUUCAGCUAAUUAUCGAAUCUUUUUCUUGCAUACCAUAUUAAAAACAUGAUCGUAUAAAUCAAAUCAAACGAAUGACUUUCUUUUUAGCAUUAUUUUCUUAUAGUAGCGUACUUAAAACAAAGCGCGGAAAAUCAACGUCCGUAAAUAGAAAGUUAUAUAACAACAAUGUUUAGUUUCGGUUUUGUUUGAUCACUUGCAGCCUAGCGUUUUUUUUAUUUCAUUUGUUGUUAUAUUUUAUAUAAAAUAACGUAUUCUGAAUUGAGAAAUAUGCUAGUUUUUGCGAUAUAACUUUUUACCAUUUCUCCUAGUUGGAAUUUAUUUUUGCCCUGUUCUUCUAUUUUAUACUCAAAUUUGCAAGCAAAUAACACAUACACACUGUUAACUAUACAAACGUUCAACUCUGAUAGCUAUGAAUGGGUAAUGUUUAGACCCUGCAUAUGCAUUGUUUGAGAAAAGUACACACAAAAAUAUUGAAUAUG